CGGCGGGCCUUGCGGGGGCGGGGCCUUAGCUGCCUUAGUGGUACUCCGCUCCAGGCUGCGAUUUCGCGCCAAACUUGACGGCACUCUAAGCUGGUGGGGUCUGAUCGCCGCUGCAGACAUGGUUCGUCCGCUGAACUGCAUCGUCGCCGUGUCCCAAAAUAUGGGCAUUGGCAAGAACGGAGACUUACCCUGGCCUCUGCUCAGGAAUGAGUUCAAGUACUUCCAGAGAAUGACCACAACCUCUUCAGUAGAAGGUAAACAGAAUCUGGUGAUUAUGGGUAGGAAAACCUGGUUCUCCAUUCCUGAGAAGAAUCGACCUUUAAAGGACAGAAUUAAUAUAGUUCUCAGUAGAGAACUCAAGGAACCACCACAAGGAGCUCAUUUUCUUGCCAAAAGUCUGGAUGAUGCCUUAAAACUUAUUGAACAACCAGAGCUAGCAAGUAAAGUGGACAUGGUCUGGAUAGUCGGAGGCAGCUCUGUUUACCAGGAAGCCAUGAAUCAGCCAGGCCACCUCAGACUCUUUGUGACAAGGAUCAUGCAGGAGUUUGAAAGUGACACAUUCUUCCCAGAAAUUGAUUUGGAAAAAUAUAAACUUCUCCCAGAAUACCCAGGCGUCCUUUCUGAAAUCCAGGAGGAAAAAGGCAUCAAGUACAAGUUUGAAGUCUAUGAAAAGAAAGACUAAUGGGAAGAUGCUCCCAAGUCCUACUGCUUCUCCUAAAAGGAUGCACUUCUACUGGCUUGCGAUCUAUGAGUAAUUAUUUCUUUAGGGAGGAGUGGCUGGGAAGACACAUUUGUUUUGUGUUGUGGAGAUGGAACCUAAGGCCCUGUGGAUGCUGGGCCAAUGCUGUACUGCUAAGCCACCCCCAACCCCAGCCCCUAUAUAAUCCUAAUCAAUGUUUUCAUUUCCCAUUAAGCUAACUGGAUUAUAUUAAAUGUGCCUUAAGAAAUACCACUUGCUAUAAAGGUCUCAGCGCCCCUCCCAUGAGGCCUCAAGUGGCUCAGCAGCAUCUGCAUAGGGUGUCGUGUGUACAGAGGACCCCAGAGAAUAGUGCCCCUGGAGCCCACGCUGAUAUGGGGCUCACAGAAACAGGAGCUAGACAGAUAAGUCCAAAGGCAGGAAUGGGCUUUAAACAGCAGAGCUGAAACUCAGACUUUAAAAGAAAAUUAGAUCAAAGUAGAGACUGGAUUAUUCUGUGCACAUCACACUUGCUGCAAAGCUCUGUUCACUCAGACAGAAAAUCGGUAAAUUGAGAACUCCAUUGUGUUCCGUGGAGACGAGAGCAGGUGGAAGAUUAUGUAAGGUCUGAAACAUGGAAACUUUCUGUUUCUCAUCUUCAGUGAGAUUCCAGGGGAUAUUACAGUGACAGAACAAGAAUAGGCUGCUUUCUACAAAAAAGUAAUCGCAAGCUUAAUAGCUCCUGUUAAGAACUCAGAUAAUGAAUUGAGAAUGGAUACUGCUUGAAAUGAAAAUUAAUGUUAGAAACUAAACUUUAUAAAAAUAAAAAAAUGAGCAUUAAAA